AGUCGUAGGAGAGAACCAUAUAGCAUACAACUGCAAUACUAAGUCAAAGUGCUCCAAAUGACUUACAUACCUAUCUAAUAAAACCUGCUAGACAGGAGUGCUCAUUAUUGCCUCAGCCACAACAGGUCCAUAACAGGAGUAACAGCUCCAUUUUCAGUAUCAGUAAAAGUAAAGUUCACUGGCCAAUCCUCAAAUAAUUAACAACUCUUUCCUCUACACAUGCAGUGAGAAGUGACCUUUUCCAACAAAACAUAAGCUGUUUUUCUCCAACUCAGAUCAUCCCCUGGAAUAAUUGGAUCAUCUCUGCCUACCGCCAGACCUUUUGUCUUGUAUGAAUCAACAUGGAAAGGAAUCUUAAGAAUGUUUUGAUCAUUUCUUUCGGAUUUUUACUUCUCUUCACUGCUUAUGGAGGACUCCAGAAUCUACAGAGCAGUCUCCAUUCAGAAGAAGGCCUGGGUGUUGCAUCCUUAAGUGUUCUCUAUGCUGCGCUCAUCUUAUCCUCCAUGUUCCUCCCUCCAAUCCUCAUCAAGAAGCUGGGCUGCAAGUGGACCAUAGCAGGCUCUAUGUGCUGCUACAUCGCAUUCUCCCUAGGAAACUUCCAUGCUAGCUGGUACACACUAAUUCCUACCUCUGUGAUCCUGGGCAUAGGAGGAGCACCACUAUGGUCUGCCAAAUGCACUUACCUCACCAUAGCUGGCAAUGCAUACGCUGAGAAAGCAGGAAAAAAUGGGAAAGACAUUAUCAACCAAUACUUUGGGGUCUUCUUUCUGAUAUUUCAGUCCUCCGGCAUCUGGGGAAAUCUUAUUUCAUCCUUGGUAUUUAGCCAAGCUUCCUCCAAAGUGGAAAUCUCAGAAGUGGCAUGCUGUGGAGCAUAUGACUGCAUGACUAAUACCACUAACACCACUGAGUCAGCAGAACCCUCCAACUCCUUAAUCUACAUUCUGCUAGGGAUCUACACUGCUAGUGGUGUGCUAGCUGUGUUGCUGAUUGUUACAUUUCUGGACCAGAUCAAAUCUGACCAAGCAGAGACUGAGAAAGAAAUACUAGAGACAUCAUCCUUUUGGUCUACGUUCCUAGCAACUUUCCAGCAUCUUAAAGAUAAAAGACAGUGUCUUCUAAUUCCUCUGACAAUUUACAGUGGGUUGGAACAGGGAUUUCUUUCUGGUGACUACACAAAGGCAUACGUGACCUGUGCCCUGGGGAUACAUUAUGUUGGUUAUGUGAUGAUCUGCUUUUCAGCUGUAAAUUCCCUCUGCUCUCUGCUCUUUGGAAAGAUCUCUCAGUUCACCGGUAGAAAGCUUCUAUUUGCAUUAGCAGCGGUUACAAACACUGCCUGUAUAAUAGCACUACUGCUGUGGAAACCUCAUCCUAAGCAGCUUGCUGUGUUUUUUGUAUUCCCUGCUCUUUGGGGCCUAUCUGAUGCCAUUUGGCAGACACAAACUAAUGUUUUAUACAGAUACACAUCAUAUGAGAAAUUCUCAGCUCCAAAGGCUAUCAGGUGAGAUAAGACUUCUAAAACAGCACUGGGGACUAAGGUUUCUGGUCCUUCCUUUGUCAAGCUCCCAUAACUGCUGCUUGGGCCUCAGUAGGUUAACCGAUGAUUGAACAGAAUGGCAUUGUGCCACGUACUAAAGGUAUUCUGUGUUAAUCAAAGAUGGCUCACUUUGGCCUGUUGUGGAUAGUUAAUACUGGAGUUCCCCCUAGAGGAUAUAUAGGCUCACAGUAGGUGAAUCACUUGAUUUUUUAAAGCUUUCCUAACAUGUCUGUGUAUGAGUGUGGACACCCUCCUUUAUUUCCAAAGAAAGUUGCUUCAUUUACGAAUGUGUAGUGCCCUUUCUUAUCUAACCUGAACACAGAAACUAUUAUUAUCCCUCCCCCGGCAAUAACUGCACUUGGGGUGUAACCUUUAUAUUGCACUGAGCUAAGCUAUUGGGUAGACUACAGUAAAAUAAAGUCCUUUCCAGGCUGACAUGUAUCUUUAGGAAGGAUAUAAAUCAGUCUGGAAGGUUUAUAUACCUGGACUCAAAUAUUCCAGCAGUCCUGUUACAUACCUUGUACAUACUAGUACCAGGAGAACGAGUGGGAAAAUAGGCAUUGGCAAACAGGGAGGAUAAUUGCCAUGGAAGUGAGCUGCAAAAAUUCAGACCUAGCAGCCUCUCCACUUGGACAGCUCAGCAGGUCCUGUUAAAGCAUCAGCCAGGCAAUUUGCACAGUACUGCAGUUGACUGUUAGUGAUAAGGACAAACGUUUAGGUUUGAGGCAAAACCA